CGAAAUAUAUCGAAUGGCAUACGCUGCUUCAUUCAGAUCAUUCGUGACGUUUGAGAGCAACUUUGAGGUUAUCUUGUUGUUGUUGUUGUGCUUACAAAUUUUUAAGAAACUAAAAAAAGUUAUUAUUUAUUGAAGAGAGGCUUUUAUAUAAUCAAAAUGGGUGAGCGAUAUAAUAUUCACAGUCAACUAGAGCAUUUAAUGUCAAAAUAUAUUGGCACUGGACACGCCGAUACAACCAAGUACGAUUGGCUUGUCAAUCAACAUCGAGAUUCUUGUAGUUCGUAUAUGGGUCACUACGAUCUUCUUAAUUUUUUUGCCAUUGCUGAAAAUGAAGCUAAAGCACGCGUGCGAUUCAACCUCAUGGAGAAGAUGCUUCAACCUUGUGGACCACCACCAGAAAAGCCCGAAGACUAGAGAAAAUUCUCGUAUUUUAUUAAGGACUAUGAGACUCUAGGUAUCAUUUCAAUAACACACUACAUUUUACGUCAAUGUAAAUUUAUUAUUAAAAAUAAUUCUUACCAAUUAAACUAAUUUUAUACCAA